GCUUAAUCUCUUCCUUCUGCAGCUUCAUUGGCGCGAUCUCCAUCUUGGUCAGUCUUCCACUGGUUAUCCGGACACGCGACAGCAGCUCCAUUCCAGUUCCCCUCGUUACCGCGAACAUGAUUAGUUCUCUGGUAUGGUGCAUUUGCGGCUGGAUGCUGGAAGAUCCCUUGAUUGCGGCACCCAACAUCGUGGGAUUUCUUUCCU